UAACAGGUUCCCUAUCUAUAAGUAAUUUUAACAGACUUGGGCUCUCCCUUUGCAAACACAGCCAGUGUAUCACUGGGCUGAUCUCUCAGGCCUUUGCAUGAAGUGAAGGAAAUGUGUUUUGUUCUGAGACACUGAAGGAGUUUUGGGAAUUGUUGGCUUUUUAGGGCAAUUAGAACAGUGGUAGCUGAACAGAUAAAGCCCUCCUCUCUGCUUUCUAACCACUUUUAAAAUCUUUCAGGUAUGUUUUCCUGCUGUGUGUGCACCUCUGAAGCAAGGGGCUGUAGGAGGAAAGCUGCAGCUGGAAUGGCAGAGUGUGGAACUGCAUCACAGAUCAACUUCCAAUGUGCUUUAGAGCAGUUUCUAUCAUUCUGCCUGUUCACAACAGUGAAUGCUGGUUAGAUGAAUGCCUAAAGUCAGUUUGGGAACAAGAUUUUAAAGGAACCAUGGAGCUGUCAAUUUUUAAUGAUGCCAGUAAGGAUGGUUCAGCUGAAAUAAUUGAAAAAUGGAAGAUCAAGUUGGAAGAAGUUGGUGUUUCAGUAGUCAUUGGGACCAAUGAUUCCUCUCAGCCUCGAGGUGUUGGAUUUGCUAAAAAUCAAGCAGUAAUUCAGAGCUCAGGAACCUAUCUUUGCUUUCUGGAUUCAGAUGAUGUGAUGAUGCCACAGCGGGUUAGGCUGCAGCACCAAGUUGCCAUUCAACACCCAAACAGUAUUAUUGGUUGCCAAGUCAGAAGAGAGCCACUGGACUCCACUGAGCGAUACACUCGCUGGAUCAAUAACCUGACCCAGGAACAACUUCUUACACAGGUGUUCACCUCUCAUGGGCCUACUGUGAUCAUGCCAACCUGGUUCUGUUCUCGAGAGUGGUUUUUUCAUGUGGGAAGAUUUGAUGAGGGUGGAAAGGGUGUCCCAGAGGAUUUGUUGUUUUUCUAUGAACAUCUCCAGAAGGGUGGUGGAGUGUUUCGAGUGAACCAUUGCCUCCUGCUCUACCGCUACCAUCCCCAGGCUGCCACCCACUCUGUCCUGGAGGGAACCAUCUGGAAUCACCGAGUCAGGUUUCUUGAGGACAGAGUCCUGAGCUCCUGGACAUCAUUCACCAUUUGGAAUGCUGGCAAGCAAGGCAAGAAGCUCUACAGAAGCUUGUCACCAGCUAAUCAGAAAAAGGUAAUUGCAUUUUGUGAUGUCGAUGAAAAGAAAAUAAGAAAAGGAUUCUACACUUAUGAGGAAUCUGAGGAGAGACCAAAACCAAAAAUUCCUGUGUGUCACUUCAGGGACGCGACUCCGCCCUUUGUGAUCUGUGUGAAGCUGGACUUGACAGGCGGAGCCUUUGAAACAAACCUGAGCACGCUGAACCUGAAGGAAGGGAUGGAUUAUUAUCACUUUAACUAAACCAAGGGGCAGUGCUGCAGUCCUGUGGUUUGCACACCACCUCCUGUCAUCAUCCUGCUGUUGAAAUGGAGAAGUUCCUGUCUUUUCCCUUUCCCCAGGAAGGGCAGAGGAGCAGGGGCUGCACAUCUGUGGCUGGAAUGUGGCGCUGCCAGCCUGGAAUGCUCUCUGGAAUGAGGCUGCAAGAGCCCCAGGCAGCAGCUCCAGCCAUCCCACAUGUUCUGCAGCUGGCUGGGAACAUCCUCAGGGACACCUCCAUGAACCAAGCACCCGUGGGGC